CCUUUCACGCGUUCAGCUGGUAUACCGGUCGUCGACUCGUCAGGCAUCGAGCGUCUUGAGAUCCUCAACCUCAACACUGCAUACCUCGACCUCUCGCCCGUUUAUGGCAGCACGGACUGCCUCAUGCGGGAGUUAAGAACGUUCACGGAUGGCCAGAUGCACACGACCAACAUGCCGUCAUCCCCGUACGGUCUGCCUGUCCUGGCCACCGCCCAGCAUUUCGACGCUUGCCGCACCGAGUCCGGCCUGUGCUACCGCGCCGGCGACGAUCGAGCCAGCGAACAUGCUGGUCUCCUCGUGAUCCACACGCUGUUCCUGCGAGAACACAAUCACAUCGCACGGGAGCUGAAGAACAUAAAUCCUGCUUGGAAAGAUGAACUAAUUUUCCAGGAGUCGCGUCGUCUAAACAUAGCUCAGUACCAACACAUCGUCAUGAACGAGUUCCUACCUACGCUACUGGGGUCGAGCGACACGCUACAGCGCUACGAGCUCAAGCCUCCUCCUGUCCCAUUUCCGAGAUCUAUCUACAACGCGGAACGCAACGCCGAGGUUCUCGUGGAGUUCAGCACGGCAGCGUUCAGGUUCGGCCACACGCUCGUCAAAGAUGUCUUCGUGCUGGCCGAUGAGGCUCUCAGGCCCAUGGGCACGCUGCCUCUAGUCAAGGUCUUCGAUGAUCCUACAGUACUGGACUUAUUGCCUGGUCCAGCCAGCGAACAUGCUGGUCUCCUCGUGAUCCACACGCUGUUCCUGCGAGAACACAAUCACAUCGCACGGGAGCUGAAAAAUAUAAAUCCUGCUUGGAAGGAUGAACUUAUUUUCCAGGAGUCGCGUCGCCUGGAUGAAUCAUCGUUCAGUAUCAUGACUNCCCUCUUGCGAGGUCUCCUGAGCUCCCGCAUCGAGCCACCAGACUUGAGCAUCGUCACGAGCCUCCAAGACAAACUGUUUGUGUCCAAGGACAAUAUUCUCUCCGGGCAAGACCUGUUCGCCAGGAACAUUGCCAGAGGUCGAGUUCACGGAUUGUCGCCAUACACGGCGUUCAGAGAGACCUGCAAGCUUCCUGCUGUCAAGUCCUGGGACGACCUCGUGCCUAUCAUCCCCGUAGAGAACAGGGAUAAGUUGAAGUCUGUGUAUGACCACUGGGAUGACAUCGACCUGUUCGCUGGUGGUUUGUCGGAAGAACCUGUCACUAACGCUGUCGUUGGGCCAACAUUUGCUUGCCUGAUCAGCUUGCAGUUUUACCUCACCAGUACCGGUGAUCGAUUUUGGUAUCACGGUGGACCAGCCGGACUAUCACCAGCGGAGCUCAAGACUGUAUACGCUUCAGGGAUUUUGUCUAAACUUAUCGGUCGAAACUUCGACAAUCCCAACAGCCUCGUUCCCAGCUUUGCCCUGCGGCUCCCCAACGUGGUCAGCAAUCCUGCCGUGGCAGCAAGGACGUUCCAUGGCACGGACAUGCACCCAUGGGUGGACCCCCGGGCACUGCACCCGAAGCACUGCAAGCACGCAGGGCGAGAAUAUGCCGCUGGAGAGACUGUGAACGUUUCUCCGUGCCUCAACUGCCACUGCACGCCCAGUGGAUAUCUGCAGUGUCAGGACCGUUUGAUCGACUGCCACGCCCUAGACGCUUUCGUCCCCGGGGCGCGUGAGGACGAGCACUGCCACCGUGUGUGCCCGCUACUGUUGCCCCAACAUUCUGCUCUUCCUUUCAUCCCUGGGCUUCCGGGACCUCCGCUUUUCCGCAUAGAAAAUGGACCUCCGAACUUUGAUUUACGGAACGUUCGUGGCGGUUUUCAUUGAAAUUUAAUCUAUUUAUGAAAU